CGCAGCGCCAUUCUUUUCCGCUACACUUGUCAUUGAAAGGAACCCGCCCGCCCCAGACUUUUUUGCGCGGCAGAACGUUCCGCCGCGAGCUUGGUCACGUGCGUGCGUGCCGGCCCCGCUCUGGCUGCCUAUAAGAAUACGCCGGCCCUGCCUCCCAAAUCAUUCCGCGGUUUCUUCCUUGCCCAUCGCCGGUUCCCUGAGCUCCCGCCCGCCAACGUUCGUCAGUCGGUCAGUGCCGGCCGGGUUGGAGUUGGAUCCAUGGCGGAGAAGAAGGUUGUGGUGAAGCUGGACGUGCACGACGACAGGCAGAAGCAGAAGGCGAUGCAGGUCGUCUCCACCCUCCACGGUAUCGACCAUAUCGCCGUGGACAUGAAGGACCAGAAGAUGACGGUCAUCGGCACCGUCGACCCCGUCGUCCUCGUCGAAAGGCUGCGCAGCAAGUUCCCCACGGCGCAGAUGCUCACCGUCGGCCCGGCCAAGGAGGAGAAGAAGGACGCCGCCAAGAAGGAAGGCGAGAAGAAGGAGGGCGACAAGAAGGAGGGCGAGAAGAGCAAGCCGGUGGUGUACCCGCCUCCGUACUGGUACCCGCCGCCGCCGUACCACCACGCCUGCAGCGGCGAGGAGGACCCCAACUCGUGCAUCAUCUCCUAAUCGGCGGGCGCCGCCGAUUGCCUCCUCUGUACAUUUUUGUACCUGGCCGUGUGCUGCUUGCCUGGCGAUCGAUCCUGCGUGCCACGGUGAUCGACGAGGGCAUGCGCUAUACAUAAGGCCGUGUAAGGAUUUGCGCCGGUAAUCUAGUGAGUUUAUAAAUUGCAGAUAUUAAAUGGAAUCACAGUGUGGAGGAAAAUUAAAUAGAACUGCCCACUUGGAUUUUCAGUGAAUUCGGUGACAAGUAAGUGCUGAAAUAAAUAAACCGGAGGUGCCGCACAAUGAGAUCGAUCCAAAAUUAAGGCGGCUAGGUAGAUUGGGCUCUC